UUAGAGUACGGUCACUCUGUCAGUGUCGUGGCUUGGUUUUGCACGGAUUUUGUAUUUUUAGUUUUAAACCCAUAAUUGAUAAGUAAAUAUGGCCUUUGACGCGAUACCCAAGGAUCUGCGAGGACUUCGCGCCUGCCUCGUUUGCUCCCUAGUGAAGAGUUUUGAUCAAUUUGAGACUGAUGGCUGUGAAAACUGCGAGGAGUUCCUGCGAAUGAAAAACAACAAGGACAAUGUCUAUGAUCACACUAGCAACAACUUUGACGGAAUUAUUGCCCUAACUACGCCCACCGACUCCUGGGUGGCCAAGUGGCAAAGAUUGUCCCGCUUUACUCGUGGUAUCUAUGCCAUUUCUGUAUCCGGAACACUGCCGCAGUCUACCUUACGUGACAUGAAGAAUCGUGGAAUUGUCUACAAAUCUCGGGACAGAAGUCAACGAUAAACAAACAGAUUGCCGUAC